CGGGCGCCUCGAUCGUGUUGCCAAACUAGCUCCUCGGCCGCUUUCUCAACUUUUCUUUUAAACCAUCUUCCAGUUCCUGCCGCCCGGAUGGUUCGCGUUUACUUCUCUGCGAGUUUCCACUUCUGUCUGAGAAAUGGCGGUAAGACCUAUUUUGUCGGGUUGUGAGAAUUAAAUGAGAUAGCGUGAAGUAAGAUGGAGGACUUCCCUCUUUUUAUGACUGAAUAAUAUUCCACGGUGUAUAUAAGAUCAAAUUUUCUUCAUUGAUUCAUCAGUUAAUGGACACUACAAGUUGUUUCCAUGUCUUGACUAUUAUAUGGCCUCUACUUCCCAGGGCCACUAGGAGCAGAAAUAUGAACUUUCUGGACUUACCUAGAUUAGACACACUCCUGAGUCUGCAGAGUGCCAGGGAGAAAGAAAAGCUGAUCUAAUAAUCUCAAUGGAUGCAAUACUGAAUUACAGGUCAGAAGAUACUGAAGAUUACUACACCUUACUGGGAUGCGAUGAAUUGUCUUCGGUUGAACAAAUCCUGGCAGAAUUUAAGGUCAGAGCUCUGGAAUGUCACCCUGACAAGCAUCCUGAAAACUCCAAAGCAGUGGAGACUUUUCAGAAAUUGCAGAAGGCAAAGGAGAUUCUGACUAAUGAAGAGAGUCGAGCUCGCUAUGACCACUGGCGUAGGAGCCAGAUCUCGAUGCCAUUCCAACAGUGGGAAGCUUUGAGUGACUCUGUAAAAACGGUAGGUUUCUUUCUGGGGUGA